UUAUAUCAGUGGCGUGAUUCAAACUGGGGCAAACUCAAAAAGUGAUUCUGUGAACGUGAGCACAGCAUAGAAUCGGACAAGAUGUCGCUGUUAAGUUUUCUCCCUGAACCCACCCAACUGUCCCAGGACCAGUUAGAGGCGGAGGAGAGGUCUCGUGUUCAGAGGUCACAAUCCACUGCUUCGGUCUCCACUCGCAGAGAACCUCCUCCCUACGGCUCCAGGAAAUCAUGGAUGCCCCGGUCACUAGAGGAUUUUGGAGAUGGAGGAGCUUUUCCAGAGGUCCAUGUGCCCCAGUAUCCUCUGGAAAUGGGUAGGAAGAAAAGGACGUCCAAUGCUCUGGCAGUGCAGGUGGAUGCAGAGGGCAAGAUCAAAUAUGACGCCAUUGCUAGGCAAGGUCAAAACAAAGACAAGGUUGUGUUCAGCAAAAACACAGACAUGCUUCACGAAGAUCAUCCCGAGCUGCAGAAACCAGAUGAAGAGACGGUGAAAGCGAUUACAGAAAAGGCCCGAGCAGCUCGGAAUAAACUGGUCUCGCAGAAAAUUGCAGCGGCCAUGCCUGUACGUGCUGCAGACAAACAGGCCCCAGCACAGUAUAUUCGGUACACACCCUCCCAGCAAGGACUCGCGUUUAACUCUGGAGCGAAACAGAGGGUCAUCCGUAUGGUGGAAAUGCAGAAAGAUCCAAUGGAACCACCGCGAUUCAAAAUCAAUAAGAAAAUUCCUCCUGGACCUCCAUCCCCUCCUGCUCCAGUCAAGGAAACUCCAAGAAGAAAAAUAACUGUGGAGAAACAGCAAAAGUGGAAGAUUCCACCCUGUAUUUCCAACUGGAAGAACGCAAAGGGUUACACCAUUCCUCUGGACAAGCGAGGCCCGCAGACCGUCCACAUCAAUGAGAACUUUGCCAAGCUGGCGGAUGCUUUGGACAAUGCAGAAAAAAAGGCCAGAGAGGCUGUGGAGAUGAGAGCUCAAGUGGAAAAGAAGAUGGCCCAGAAAGAAAAAGAAAAGAAAGAAGAGAAGCUGAGAGAGUUGGCUAAGAUGGCCAGAGACAGGAGAGCUGGAGUCAAAUCCCAUGGUGACAAAGGUGGUGAAGAGACAGAAGUCAGGGAGCGUGAUGAGAUCCGUCACGAGAGGAGGAGAGAAAGGCAGCACGACAGGAACAUCUCCAGAGCCGCCCCUGAUAAGAGUUUUCUCCCUGAACCCACCCAACUGUCCCAGGACCAGUUAGAGGCGGAGGAGAGGUCUCGUGUUCAGGGGUCACAAUCCACUGCUUCGGUCUCCACUCGCAGAGAACCUCCUCCCUACGGCUCCAGGAAAUCAUGGGUGCCCCGGUCACUAGAGCAGAGACAGGUUGUGUUCAGCAAAUACACACACAUGCUUCACGAAGAUCAUCCCGAGCUGCAGAAACCAGAUGAAGAGACGGUGAAAGCGAUUACAGAAAAGACCCGAGCAGCUCUGAAUAAACUGGUCUCGCAGAAAAUUGCAGCGGCCAUGCCUGUACGUGCUGCAGACAAACAGGCCCCAGCACAGUAUAUUCGGUACACACCCUCCCAGCAAGGACUCGCGUUUAACUCUGGAGCGAAACAGAGGGUCAUCCGUAUGGUGGAAAUGCAGAAAGAUCCAAUGGAACCACCGCGAUUCAAAAUCAAUAAGAAAAUUCCUCCUGGACCUCCAUCCCCUCCUGCUCCAGUCAAGGAAACUCCAAGAAGAAAAAUAACUGUGGAAGAACAGCAAAAGUGGAAGAUUCCACCCUGUAUUUCCAACUGGAAGAACGCAAAGGGUUACACCAUUCCUCUGGACAAGCGAGGCCCGCAGACCGUCCACAUCAAUGAGAACUUUGCCAAGCUGGCGGAUGCUUUGGACAAUGCAGAAAAAAAGGCCAGAGAGGCUGUGGAGAUGAGAGCUCAAGUGGAAAAGAAGAUGGCCCAGAAAGAAAAAGAAAAGAAAGAAGAGAAGCUGAGAGAGUUGGCUAAGAUGGCCAGAGACAGGAGAGCUGGAGUCAAAUCCCACGGUGACAAAGGUGGUGAAGAGACAGAAGUCAGGGAGCGUGAUGAGAUCCGUCACGAGAGGAGGAGAGAAAGGCAGCACGACAGGAACAUCUCCAGAGCCGCCCCUGAUAAGAGGUCGAAGCUACAAAGAGAUCAGGACAGGGACAUCAGUGAGCUCAUUGCCCUGGGACAACCGAACCCCCGUACCUCCAGUGAGGCUCAGUAUGACCAGCGACUCUUCAAUCAGAGCAAGGGGAUGGACAGUGGUUUUGCCGGUGGCACGGAUGAGAUUUAUAAUGUGUAUGAUCAGCCCUUCAGAAGUGGCCGAGACAUGGCACAGAAUAUCUACAGGCCUGGGAGCAGCAGGUUUGUUCCUGAUCGGGAGUUCUCGGGUGCGGACCAUGGCCCCCGGCGCUACGGCCCGGUGCAGUUCGAGGAGGAUCCUUUCGGUCUGGAUAAGUUCUUUGAGGAAGCCAAGCAGCACGGAGGCUCCAAGAGGGCGUCCACUAGUGACCGCUCAAAGGACUACGACCACGUGAAGAAACGCAGGAAGGAGUGAGACACUUCCACUGUACACAAAUGCUGGGUCAAAUCCUCCUCCCCCUAUUUUUUAGAGCUGUAAAGUGAAUGAUGAACUAUUAGUCAUAUGGCGUUUCAUCUAACCCUAACCCAGUCGUGUUUCUUCAAACUGUUGUACUGCAAAGCCAUUCAAAUAAAUGUCUUGUAGAGGAUUUCA